AUGGAUAGAACACUAGUUUUGGCCAUUCUUUGCCUGCUCUGUGCUGGGGCUCUGGCUCAGGUGGAUAACAACAGUGGAGGUUUAUCCAAUAUGACCAGCAAUCCAUCAGAUACAGAUCCUGAAACUAUAAAACUACCCAGUGAAGUUCAAAAGGCAGUAUGCACUGUGACUGCUGGAGAGGUCAGGGCCUCGGCGGAGGCGGUAACCACAAAAACCCUGAAAGGCGUCUGUGGAUCAGAUGAAAUGAACUUGGCCUUCCGUAAUCUGGAGAGCAAGCUGUACGAGGAACUGCGUGUGAUGAAGCUGAUCCUGGUGCACUUGGCCAAAGCUAGUGGUCUGAAAAUAAACACGGCAUUUACCACCAUGGCUCCGGCUACUGCUUCGCCAUUAAGGCCUAUCAGUACUGCCCCAAUGCCAGUCUUUAAGCCUAUAGAUGCCCCGCCAAAGAUGAACCUCCCAAAAGAAUUUAAAACGGAAGAAAACGAAGUUAAUCCUGAUUCGGGAGCCAGGAAGACGCCCAUGUUGAAGGACCUGGAGACUGAUAACUCUGACCAGGAGUCGCGGGAUGAGGAAGUGGGCAAGUUCAACAAUACCAUGCUGGCGGACAGGGAUGUGACGCUCUUCACCUACUAUUGGAAGCUGGAAAAUGUAACAGAAAGGCUCAAAGACCCAAAUCUGAACAUCAUCCGUAGUCCAGGCUUUAGCAUUAAAGGAAAAUUGCUGCAACUUAAAUGCACUUUCCAUCACAUGAACCGUGAUCUUCUGAACCUCCAAUUGGAAUACGCCACCUCGCCUUCGGUGUCGAAAUCCGGGAAGUCCAACAACAUAAUGCUGGAUAUGGGCGGCAUGUUUCAGGAAUUUCAGUGGACCGAGGACGUGAAAUUGAAGCAUAAGCUUUCGAUUUUGGACCAGAGCCUUGGAAACCGAAAUUCGCAGGAUCUCAGCUCCCAGGAACUGACCAAGCUCGGUGUCGGCUUUUCAAUGCCCAACAGCGUGCUCCUUGGGAGUACGUACAUCAAGCAGAACGCGCUAUUAAUACAGAUUCUUUUAUAUUUGUGAAUGACAGAACAACUUUUGUAUCCGGUUGGGCAA